AUGGUGGGAGCAGUGGUUUCAGCGAACCCGCUGCAGCUCGACGUUCGCAGCCACAGGAAGUGCAUGUUGAUAUGUUGCCUCAUCACGGUGGCUUCCUUCCAAUAUGGGCUUGACUACGCACUCGUUGGAGGCUUCAUGGCAAUGCCAGGAUUCUUACAAGUGUUUGGAUACUACGACGAGAUCAAGAGAACUUGGGCAAUCGACCCGACUGUCCAACAGCUGAUCUCAAGCUUGAUGACUAUCGGAACCUUUAUUGGAUCGCUCGCCGUUGGUCCAUUCAGUGCUCGCUUUGGACGGAGAUACGGUCUCUGGGCCGCGUCUGCCGUCAAUGCCGUCUCUACAGCAAUCAUGCUUGGGACGACAAAUCUAGGAGCACUGUACUUCGCGAGGCUGAUUCUCGGGAUCAGUGUCGGUUGGUUUCUCACAUUCUGCCAAGUCUACGUCAAUGAGGUCGCUCCGGCUCAUCUUAGAGGAAUCGUGUUCGCUGUGUACCAGAGUCAGCUCUCGAUCGGCUCGAUCGUUGGAGCCUCAGUCGACUACGGGACACAUACCUGGACGAGCAAGGCAGCUUACCGUGUUCCGCUCGCUAUCUUCUUUGCUGCGCCGACCAUCCAAUCUAUCGCGCUUUUCUUCUUUCCCGAGAGUCCGCGCUGGCUGUGCACUCAAGGCAGAGAGGAAGAAGCAAAAGCGUCACUACGCAGGCUGCGGAAUAAGAACAUCAAAGAAGAGGAGUUCCAGGCCGAGUUCAAUGAGAUUCUGAUCUCUACACGAUCACAGGUCGAGCAGAACAAGAAGCAGCUAUGGGUCGAGAUGUGGAAGGGCACUGAUCGCCGACGAACUUUCUUGUCCAUUGCUGUCAUCUGCUUCCAUUGUGCCAACGGGUCAUCCUGGAUCAACAUCUACACAACAUACUUCCUCAAAGUCGCCGGCAUCGGCGACGCGUUUGCAUACUCUGCUAUGGUCACAUGCAUGGGACUAUUGGGAGUCUUCUUCAGCUUCCUCUUUGUACGCAAAAUCGAUCGCCGCUUGAUCUUGCUGGUGGGCGUAGCAGCCUGUGGACUCGCGCAGCUGGGCUUUGCAGUCGCCUGGAGUGCUGCUCCCGCGACUGCCGUCGCUGGGAGAGCCUGUCUUGCUUUCACUUGCAUAUUCACUUUCUUUUACGUUGCUUAUGCACCAUACGCAUGGCUCAUGGGAGGCGAAUAUCCCAACAACCAUCUCCGGGCGCAUGUCUUCGGCCUAGCCACAGCCCUGAACUUCCUUGGAAACUGGCUCGGUGUUUUUACGGCACCAUACUUCAUCAACCCGGCUUCUUUGGCUGGGGACCGAAAUAUGGGUAAGCAGGAAGCAUUACUUGAUUACAUCUGGUUUGGGUCAAACGCCAUUCUAUUCUUGUUCACGUUCUUCUACGUGCCCGAGACACGUGACAGAACCCUGGAGGAAAUUCAUGAGAUGUUCGAAGCUCGUGUUCCUGCACGCAAGUUCAAGGGUUAUGUUUGUACGUCGACACAGGCUAUGCAUCAUGGAACGGGGAAAGUAGGAGAGAUCCAGGAGCUGGAGGACGUCUCGACCGCAGGAGACACCAAGAAGGCUGCGUCGACUGCCGGCGCCGUGUAG